GGUGAAAACCGUAGGGUUGACAGAUAUCCGCUCUCGCUGUAGCAAAAUGAAGCCAAUGAGAGCUUGGAACUCAGCACAAUCUGUAGUACAUAUUCCAGACCAGAGAUGGCGGUAACGCGUCAGACUGCUGGUUGAUACUGUACGUAAAACAAGUAACAGGAAGGAGACGAACAGAAACCAAACAAUACGCUCCAGAUGACAACAGAGUCGGCUAUUAAAAUCACUUUAAUCAUUUAUACAUCAUUUUACUUGUACUCAAGUAUGUUAAAUGGAAACAUAUCACCAGGAGGUGAUGGAGACGAGAAGAAAUCAAAGGAGAACGUAUCGAAACUCGUCACGCAGCCGAACUCGACGCCGUCUUGUAGGUUCUUGCAGCUUGAGCUGGAACUCAAUGCUCACCUCCGUGGGCUCACAUUCAGCGAGCCUGUCCGCUACGUAUACAACCCACUGGAGUACGCGUGGGAAACCCACCGCUGCUACGUGGACAAGUACUGUCAGGCGGGCCAGAAAUUCUUGUUUUUAGGCAUGAACCCUGGACCUUUCGGCAUGGCGCAGACAGGGGUACCGUUUGGCGAGGUGCGCUCAGUUGUUGACUGGCUGAACAUCACAGGUGCAGUCGGUCACCCCGACGACGAGCACCCAAAGCGCCGCAUCAGCGGCCUGGCCUGCACCCAGAGCGAGGUGAGCGGCGCACGUUUCUGGGGCUUCUUCAGAAAGUUGUGUGGUGAACCGGCGGUGUUCUUCCGCCACUGCUUCGUGCACAACCUUUGCCCUCUUAUUUUCAUGAGCAGCAGUGGGAAGAAUCUGACCCCGCCCGAGCUUCCUGCCCAUGAGCGACAGGAGCUCCUCCGCUUGUGUGACAUCGCCUUGUGCCAAGCCGUGGAGGCCUUGGGCGUCUCCAUGGUGAUCGGUGUCGGCAGGGUGGCGGAACAGCGGGCGCGCCGGGCUCUUUCUGCCGCAGGUAUUGAGGUGCGCGUCGAGGGGAUCAUGCAUCCGUCCCCCAGAAACCCUCUGGCCAAUAAGGGCUGGGAGAGUGUGGCUAAAGCUAAGCUAGCAGAACUGGGUGUCCUCUCUUUGCUUAGCAACACAUGACGAGCGUCCUGUGACCCACUCAAGCUCUCCAGAGACUUGGAAAAUAUUUCCAGUGUUUCCCCACCAUUUUAUUAGGGAGGCACCUCCCUAAGGUCAAGCUAAUUUAAUUUCAUUUUCAUUUAAUUGUUUUUAUACAGCGCCAGGUCACAACAGAAGCAAUUUAAAGUGCUCAUGACACCAAAAGACAUGUUAAUGUUGUUAAUUCUGGCAUGAAAAAUAACAUUGAAAGGCAUCUUCCCUGUGUUUGAUGUGUACUCGAAUAUUGAAAUAUUUACCAAUUAAAACAAGUUUUGGCAGUUCUUACGGUUUUUCAGGACUCGGAACAAGUGACGCCUACAACAGAUUGUCUUACCCGAAACUCCUGCUUCACUCCAAUGCUUUCUCAACUCUUUUGGUCCAGUUCUGGAUGAAUUGCUGUUGUCUGUUAUAUAUUUGUUUAUACUAUGCCCGCUCGUUGUGUUGAAGGCUUUUGCUGGAACACCUGAGGAGAUGGAGUAAACUUGUUCACAUUUCUAAACGACACCAUUUGCCUCGUCAGAUCGUCAAACUUCAUGAGUCCAUACUGCCCAUGGAUGGAAAAAAAAAGUAAAAAAACCACAAGAUGUUCGACUGUGGAAAAGCAUGCCAAGGUGGUAGAAAGUCAAUUCACAUUUCUCCCGCUAAGAUGCUCCAUAGUAGCCAGCCUCGUGCAGACGGCUAAUGUAGUGGUAAUUCCUAUCUGGCUUGUUAAGCUAGGCAUGUUAUGUGUUGUAGCUAUCACUGCCAGUAAAACAUCAUACUCCUCACAGCACAAUAUUAGUGAAUGUUAGGACUCUUUUCUUUUCACUUGUAAUGUUUAUUUAAGUGAGUACAUUAAUUUUGUAAAUUUUUUUUCAAACUUUUUUUGGUGUCAUGAGCACUUUAAGGAUACCUUUCACGUUGAACAUAUGCGGUAGUCUGCUAUGCAAUGCACAUCUGUGUGCCCAUGUUUGUAUAAUUCAUAGUCAUUUUUUUUAGCAAAACAACUUUAUAUUAAUUUAAUUAUCAUUGGUUUUGGAGUAUGUACAUAUUUAUGUACAGAUUUCUAAAGUGUAUACCAUGCUCAGGGUGUUUGGAUAUUUAAGCAUGUUGGAAUACCUCAGUGAUUUAAAUUUUGUAUUAUUUACAAAAGGUAAAACACACAAUUAUACUGUAUAUGUUUUUUACGUUUACAUUGUAUUGUCCCUUUUUUGCAUUGCAAUUUUACCAGUUGUGUGUUUUUCUCCUACAUAUCCUUGUAUUUGUUACAAAUGUUGAUGCUGUUGAUCUAUAAAUUAAUA